GGAGCGCUUCCGCCGCCGGGCAGCACGCGCGGCCGCCGCCAUGAAGCCGAGAAAAAACACAAAGCGAGUUCCAAGUUUUCGCAAGUUACUGAGAACUAGUCAAAUAAAACUUGACAAUAAAUUAAAGAAUAAACAGUUCAAGCAGAAGAGUGCUGCUAAGAAGUAUCGUAAAGAACAAAAGAAGCUAAGGGAGGCUGUCAGAGAUGCUAUUUCUAGAAAGCCUUUUCCCUUGGAGGAAUGCAAGAAGAAACAAGUUGCUAAAAAAUGGGAAGAAAAAGAAGAGGAAGAUGCUCUUCCACUGGACAUGAUGGAUGAAGAUGACUUAAAAUUAAUGGAGGAUCUGGCCCAAAAAGCAUCCUUUUUAACCAGAGAUCUUUCUUCUAAUGAACCAGCUCACAUAAAAAAACGAAAACAUGAAAGUGUGAUUGAGAAAUAUGAGAAGGUGCCAAGACGUUUGCAAACAGAGCCCGAAAAAGAACUCAUCCAUCUGCUCCCCAUCAAAGACAAGAGAGGCAUAAUUCCUCAAGCUGUGGAAAAGCCAGUUCUCAAUGUUGCACAUGAUGAAGAAGAGGACACAGAAGAUAUGGAGGAAGCAGAGGACUUUAAUGAGGAAGCCCUGCCUGUUCUCACUCCUGAGGAAAUGGCUGCUCAAAGGAGACAAAAGCUACAGGAGAGGAAGAUGCACAUAGCUGCCUUAGCAUCUGCCAUUCUCUCAGAGCCAGACAGCAAUAUGAAGAAGUUGAAGGAGCUGCGUGCCAUGCUGAUGGAGCAGGAUCCUAACGUGGCUGUGAUUGUUAGGAAGCUGGUCAUGGUGUCUUUGAUGGAGAUAUUCAAAGAUAUUGCACCUUCGUACAAAAUUCGGCCUCUGACCGAAGCAGAAAAGGCUACCAAGGUUAAAAAAGAAACACAGAAACUGAGAGAAUUUGAAGAAGGCCUUGUAAGCCAGUAUAAAUUUUACUUGGAAAAUCUGGAACAAACAAUUAAAGAUUGGAAGCAAAGGAAAUUGAAGAAAAGCAAUGUUAUCUCAUUAAAGGCAUAUAAAGGUCUAGCAGAGGUAGCAGUGAAGUGCCUGUGUGAGCUGCUUGUAACCCUACCCCACUUCAACUUCCACAAUAACAUUAUUGUUCUCAUUGUUCCACUCAUGAAUGAUCCAUCAAAAAUGAUUUCUGAACUGUGUGUUGAGGCUGUUAAGAAGCUCUUUAAACAGGACAAGUUGGGCUAUGCUUCACUUGGUGUAGUUAAAGUAAUUUCUGGCCUUGUGAGGGGUAGAAAUUAUGAUGUCAGACCUGAGGUGUUAAAAGUAUUUCUUCACUUAAGAAUUAAGGAAGUAGAAUUACAAAAAGAUUCUGAAGACAUUGCACCAAAGAAAAGGUUCAUGACUUACAAAGAGAAAAGAAAAAAUCUUUCCAGAAUGCAAAGAAAGUGGAGGAAAGCAGAAGAGAAACUGGAACGAGAACUCCUGGAAGCUGAAGCAUCAGAAAGUAAAGAAAAGAAACUGAAGCUGCACACAGAGACCUUGAAUAUUGUAUUUGUAACUUACUUCAGGAUCUUGAAGAAAGCUCAGAAGUCUCCACUUUUGCCAGCUGUGCUAGAAGGUCUUGCAAAGUUUGCUCAUCUCAUAAAUGUGGAAUUUUUUGAUGACCUAUUGAUUGUCCUUCAUUCUCUUAUUGCAUCUGGGGAUUUAAGCUAUCGUGAGAGUCUUCAUUGCAUUCUCAGUGCUUUUCAUAUACUCUCUGGUCAAGGUGAUGUUCUUAACAUUGAUCCAAUGAAAUUUUACACACAUCUGUACAAGACACUGUUCAGCCUACAUGCAGGUGGCACCAACGAGGACAUAGGGAUUGUGCUGCAGUGCCUGGAUGUCAUGUUUGCCAAGAGGAGAAAGCAAGUGUCCCAGCAACGAGCUCUUGCUUUCCUAAAGCGACUUUCCAUCCUUGCUCUUCAUGUACUUCCAAAUUCCAGUGUUGGCAUCUUGGCAACAAACAGGGUAUUCAUGCAAACAUUCCCAAGGAUGGACCUCUUACUAGACAAUGAAUCUCAAGGCAGUGGAGUUUAUCUCCCAGAAUUAGAGGAACCAGAGCAUUGCAAUGCCCAGAAUACAGCACUGUGGGAGCUGCAUCUACUGCAGAGACAUUAUCAUCCAACAGUGCAGAAAUUUGCAUCUCACCUUAUUGCUGGAGCUCCAACUGAAGGCUCAGGAGCUCUUCCACUUGAUUUGAGCCAAAGGUCUGCUACAGAACUUUUUGAGAUGUAUUGUAUGAAGGGAAUGACCUUUAAUCCUCCUGUUGCAUCAGUAACACCCAGAAGAAAGGACACCUUCUCGCCUAUGGAUUCAUUUGUAGAUGAAGAACUAAACAAACAGCUUCAACAACACAUCAGUGAGACUGCUGCCCACAAACCCUUGGAUUUUGCUAAGCACUUGAAGGAAUCAUCCUUGGCAUAAAUGUACCCAUCAAUCAAGUUCACUUGGAUUCUUAAUUAUGGAGAAAAAUUGCCUGAAAGAAAUCACCAGUCAUCAUAAAAGGAAUACAAGCAGGCUUUUGUGUGACUAUAGAAACACAGGAAAAUGUAACAGCAGCUUUUCACACAGUUACAGGCCUGUCCCCCUAACCAACAAACCCCUGUUCAGAGGGCUGGGGAAUCACAAUGAACUGUCAUGUCAGUGUUUUAAAAAUAUACAAACCCAAAUAAUUUAAGAAUUGUUUGCAACCAUGCACAACUGUAUUUUUCUUUAUGUAUUUUUCUAAUUUUUAUAAAAGAAUAUAGACAUACGUGUUUCUGCAAACUCACUGGGUUGUCCUGAUAACUUAAUAAAUAUUUUGAAAAUGUUAACAUAAUAUUGACCUUUUGAUGUCUGAGUUACCUAGACAUUUGGACUAUGUAUUGCAUUUAUCCUGUUUUUCUUCUGAUGUCUUCUAACCAUUUAUCUCAUCUUGAAAUUAUUUUAAAUUUGGUGGUUUUAUCCCCUCUGAUGAGUCUUGACAUUGGCAAAUUAAGAAUACUGAAUUUCAGUUCUAAGCUGUCAUCACGAUUGAGUGCUCUACUGCAGUGUCUUCAAUAAAGCAUUGCUGUCAAGAAUACUGGACAAAUACAAGGCAAUGGAGCAGGAGAAGCAGCAGAUUUCCACCUGAAAAGUGUGCAGUGCAAGGCCUGCUACUGCUCAGAGACUACAUGUUUCUGGAAGAUGUUGAUUAUUUACAUUCCUUUCUUUCAAACUUUAUCCUGGAAGCUGCUUCCUGUAAAUAGUUUGUAAUGUAAAAAUAAAUGUAUUUUCCUAAUUGAUGUCCAUACUCACCCAGAAGCAUGGAAAAGCACAAAGUUAUUUUGUCAGUUUUGUCAUAGGAAUGUGUGGACAGAUUCCUGCAGAAACAAAAACUGUGGCUAAACAGAAUAAACAUUCCUAUUAGCAUAACAACUUAGCACAUGAAAACUCUUUAACUGGGCUUUCACAAAAGUUAACAACUCCCCCUUGCUCUUUAAUGCUUCAAGUGGUAUUGAAUUUCCACUAUGAACCAACAAGAGGAAGGGCACUGCAAUUCUUUCCCAAAUUCACCCCAAAGUGUAUCAUGUUUCACCAAGAAAAGUUUACCUGGAUAUUUACCAAUACCUAAAGUUUAAAUUACUUGAUGCAUGUACUUUAAUGAAAAUACUGGAGCAGGUUCAUUAGCCUUACACAAUUCCAGAUGUCUACAGGCUACAAAGUUAGGGUUUCUAAAUAAAAAGCCAAAUAUUUUGCUGUUCUCUUUCACUGUGAUAAACAGCAGACAAAGGAGGUUUUGACUGCGAUUGAUUGAUGAAGAUACUCACGUUAAGAAGCUAUUCCCACUGCUAAAUUGUGUUAGCAGAAAUAGUACAAAACUGCUGAUUUUAAAUGCCCACAAGACUUCAGGCUAGUGUUAGGUCUGUGGUGCACAAUAUGACGACUACUGAUGUCCCCUUUGCUUCCCCAUGAUUUUAUUUUUUUUUUGUUUUUAUAUCUAUGUGACAGAAAAGCACUAGUGGAUGACAACAAGGGUAUAAGAACUUUCUAUGUUGAAUCCAGCUAAUUAGCAAGGGUGUCUGCCAGCCUAACGUGAUACUACAGGCGAUAUUAAGAAUUUUCAGAGCUGCUGAAGAUAAAAAACCCCCAAAACCCAAAAAACCACAUCAACAAAAAGCAAAAGCCAAACAGGUAUGGGCAAACUACAGGACAUUAAGCAUUGCUUUUAAAAUGCCACAAAAACACCAGAAAGAAAAAAUUUCUCAGUGACAUCAAACUGUUACAGUGUUAAAAUAACAGAAUGAAGGUAACAUUUAAAAAAAUUUACAUUAGUUGAACUGUGCAGCAGGUUGAUGUUUUUCCCAGUAAUUCCAAAGUAUUCCACAGCAAACUACGCAUACAGAACUAUGUGUAAGUUGUCACUAAGAUUUUGCUCAGGCUCAGUCCUUUCCUUGGCAGGGUGUGGAGGGAGCACGUCCCUCACAGGGGCUGCUACUGUUGGACCUGGUAAGGAGUGACAGGCUGAGCUGGCUGGGGGUCAUGUUGCUGAUUUGUAAAAUGCUGAUUUGGUACAUAAAUUCAAAACUUAACUUUUGUGAAAGAUGAGCAAUGGGAAGGGCAUGGCCUCUGUGAGGACAUGCCACUGAGAAAUUUGACUUUUUUGUGUGCCUGUGGUUAUUUUUCUGAAAGCUGGAAGUGACCUCAAGAGGGCACUUUUUUGCUUUGGUAAGUGGCUACUUUAUAGGCAUUUUCUGUAGUGUAUAGUGAAAGACUUCACAGUUUCUGGUGACAGAAUGCAGGUUCUGUCUGCUUGUUUAUAUGCCAGUCAAUAACUUUAUUUUAUUUCAUUUUCUUAUUCAUGAUGGUGGGGGGGUGCAUUAGCUGUCAUGAGACCACUGCCUGUAACUUCUUUCCUCUAGUGAA